AACUAACAGAAAAAAAUGAUAAGCUUGUUCUCAAAACAUACGAAAAUAAUAAUUUAUUCGUUUAUGAAGAAUUGAAUAAAGGACUAACAGAAACAUUACAAAACAUAAAUAAAAAAAUCGACAAUAAACCUCAAAAUAAUUCAAGAAUGAUUUCUGCUCAAUUACAACAAAUACAAGAAGAAAUAAAUAGACUAAAAAAAAAAAAUGAAAAACUAGAAAAUGAAAAUAAUCAAAUACUAGAAAACAGUCAAUAUGAAAAAUUAUUAAAAAGAAAUCAAGAACUAAAAAAAGAAAACGAG